CUUACAGUCAGUGGUAUUGAAUUGUCUUAAUCUUUCAGUUUGAAGUAGCUUAAAGGAACCAACAAUGGCAGAUAAAGAAAUGGCCUUCUGUGACGACUACGCUAAAGAUUUUGAUCCAGAAUAUUACAUGCAAGUAUUCGAAGACCCAGAGCCCAGCCCUAUCCUUGCGAACCUAAUGUCAUUCAUAUUGACCAAUUAUCACAAAGCGUUUAACUCAGGUGCUGUCAAAGGGAAAACGCUCUUGGAUAUUGGGACAGGUCCAACAAUAUACAGUGUCAUCAGCUCAGCACAACAUUGUGACAACAUCUUCUUGUCAGACUUCUGCCAGAGUAACAAUGACAUCUUAAAGCAAUGGCGCGAUGGAUCUUUGGAAUUCAGUUUUGAUAAAAUAUUUGAAAUGGUACUCAAAAUAGAAGGGAAAAGCAAAACUGAUGUCCCCGAGAGAGCGGUAAGCAUUAGAGACAAGAUUUGUGGGAUUCUACACUGUGACAUCAGGGAGGAAAACCCUUUUUCGCCAAACUUCCUUCCGCAGGUCGACAUCGUCACGUCAUCCUUCUGUCUGGAAGCAGUUGCCACAGACGUGGCCUCCUAUGAACGGUACGCCAGGAAUAUGGUCGGAAUGUUAAAACCCGGUGGCCACUUGGUCAUCUGUGGAUGUUUGGGAGGAACUUUCUACAUAGUGGGAGUAAAGAAGUUCAGCACUUUAGGGAUGUCGAGAGAUGAAUUGAAGUCUACAUGGAAGAAGGUUGGAAUUCAGAUCAUUUCCUGGGACGAGGGUUUACGACUCAAGGAAGACUAUUCAGACGUGGAGGGCAGCUAUUGCAUGGUUGGAAAAAAGGUCCCAGUUGCUUUGUGAAAACUUUUGAAUGUACAAUAGGAUCAGGGUACGAUGUAGAUUAUUGACUGUUUUGCGAACAUUUCUUUUCGAUAUUGAAUCAAGGCUGAAAUGUGUUAAUCAGUAUACAGACACAUAAAAAUCGUUUACCUAAGGACGUUGUAUGACAGGGUUUCUUUUAAGCCAAAUGCAAACAUAAUUUGUAAGCAUUGUUAUAAAAAUAAUCGGAUAUAUCGGAACAGAUUUGAAGACUUUCGGAGAAAAUCCAACGAUAAGCAUCCAACUAUGUUGUCUUAUAACAUCAAGGAAAUCAACUCGAACCAAGGAGUUCAUCAUAGUCCAAUAUUCAAAUUCAGCCCUUUUGACACAUCAUUCAAUGUUGUUAUCCAUACAUUGAAAAAACUACAUAAAUUCACUUUAAUGGCAACACAUGAAAACUUUUCAUCUUGGCCGGGUCAUACCUCGUCCAUACUUAACCUUAUUCCUGCCAGGGUACUCUGUCAUAUGAAGCUUUGCAAGAUUGUUCAUUGAAUUGCGUUUCCUGUCACAAAGCUGUCAACAAGUACUAAGAUCUGGUUUCUACUCCCCUGUCUUGCCCUGUCCGCUAGGGCUCAUCAACUGCCGUGUGUCGAUUAUCCGGCCAACGCAACUGAGCAUGACAAGCGACUGUACGGGCAGUGAAAAUAAACAUUGAUGCAAUAUCUAUACGUAUUUCUGAACACUGAUUGGUUACCUCUGUGACUGCAUAUCAGAAACUGGUAAUUUAACCUAUUUCAUGGGAUUCAUCUGGGUACUUCCGAUACGAAUCCAAAUCCAAUUCCAUUUUUUCAGCAAGCCCCGCUCUCCUAAGAAUAUUUCAUAGAUAUUAACCCUUCCCACAGUUCUAAAGUCAACCCAUAUAUUACCCGUCAUAUCGAACUUGUGUCAACAACAUAUAUCACGAACAAUGUUUUAACUGCAAGCAGCAAGCUGCCAUAAAUCACUGGAACAAACAUUUAGCAAGUCUAGGUUUCUUCAGUUAAGCCUGUCAUACAGACACUGAAAUAAAACCAUCCAAAAUAUCCCAUGCGAUGUUUGCAAGUACAGAUUUCGUAAGUUUAAAGACGAAGAUAAUAAUCAUGAUCCAGACCAUUUGCUAUUGUAUUUCAUAUGACAGUUUAACAAAUUGUUUUUUAAAUAAUCAGAAAAAUCUGAAAUAGAGCAAUGUUCUGGAUUUUCUUUUUAAUGGACAACUCAGCAAAAGAUAAUUUGUGAACCAAUUUCAUUUUAUGAAAGUGUAACAUGACUGUUUCACUGGUGUAACAUAAAAUGUCAAUAUGUAGCCAGUACCUGACUAAUUGAAUGGUGUCAAUAAAGUGCUUAUUCUUGCA